UGCACCCUGAAAGUCUGAGGUCUGGGGUGGGGCCCGGAUGUGGGUAGUUUUUACAGGUCCCCAGUGGUUCUAAUGCAUAGCCAGGGUGUAGAUGGUCCAUACACCCCCAGUACUCUCAUCCCUGCCCACAGCUUCCAGUUGCCAGUUGGUUGACAAUUCCCAAAUUGCCUUCGCCAGUCCAGCCCCCUCUGCUUUCCUCCAGGCUACAAAUUCACCUGCUUCCAGAACAUUUCCACUUGGAUAAUCCACAGGCCCUUCUAACUCAGCAUGUCCAACCUUGAAUUCGUGAGCCCUGCCUUUCCUCCCAGGAGCCGGAAUGUCCCCUCCUGAGUCACCCCGCCAAAGGCACACGUUUAUAGGGCCCACCUACCUCCUCACCCUAUCCAGUCAGACACCAGCGAAUUUUCAAAACUGCGUGUUCCAGAAGCAGCCCCAGGCUCCCCUCACACCCUGCAUCAGACCUCAUCCUCUCUCCGCAGCAGCCUCCCAACUCUAUUUCCACCUCUCUCUCACCCAUCCUCUUUACUAUAGCCAGAGUCAUCCACAAAAAUGCCUAUGUGAUCACACCAUUCUGCUCAAAACCCUUCCGUGGUCCCCAGGGUUAGGCUCUUUCCAUCCGCGUUCCUCACCCAGUCCUCACCCCACCUGCCAAAUUGCCAUAAUUAGGUAUCUGAAAUGCUACCCUCCGGCUCCCUACUUCAAGCCUCAGCUCAGAUGUUCCUCCUCUGUGACCCCUGCCUUCAGCCCUCAGUACCCAUUUCUACCAACACUGCCCUUACUGUGCCCCAGUGACCCCCGUGUUUGCAAGUGUGUCCGUACUCCAAGCCCUAGGCAGCACGGGAGACGGGAGGUGAGCUAUGGGGAGACCCGAGCUGAAAGCUUCUGCGCAGAACCUCAGCAACCCAAUGAGGCAGGUGAACUGGCCGCGAAGAGAAGAAACCGGUGGAGCAGAGGGCAGCUGCUGCAGGGCAGACAGCCAGGCCCCCAAAAUCUGCACGCACCAGCCCGCAGCUGCCCCACACAGGGACCGGCCUUCCCAGGCCUUCCCGUCGCUCCCCGCCCUCACUCCCUCCCGCCCUCGGCCCGGCCUCCCAGCUCUCUACUUUGCGUGUCUACAAACUCAACUCCCUGUUUCCGUGCCUUUCCGCCGCCCGAGUUCUCUACUCUCCACACCGAGGGGCCCCUCCCAGCAUCUACCCGCCUCCCAACCUUGGGGGACCUAACCAAGCCAGGGGGGACUGGAUCCGACGGGUGGAGCAGCCAGGUGAGCCCCGAAAGGUGGGGCGGGGCAGGGGCGCUCCCGGCCCCACCCCGGGAUCUGGUUACGCCGGGGCUGGAAUUUGACACCGGAUGGCGGCGGCGGCGGCGGGCAGGAGGCUGCAGAGGGAUGGAGUUGGGCCCGGCCCCCAGACAAGGCCCGCGGGCUCCGCCAGCAGCAGGUCCCUCGGGCCCCAGCCCUCUCUGCCACCUGGGCCCGGAGCCCCACACCCGAGGGCGCAGACUGGCUGCCAAGACUACACUUUUGGCUAAAAGAGGCACUGCCAGGUGCACAGUCCUGGGCAUGAGCCGUUUGAGCUUCGGGGGAUAGCCCAGCACUAAUCCCAGGAAAGGUGCCUAGAAGAACACGGUCCAGGACCCCGUGCUGCCUCAAGAGGAGGGUGGGGGAACAGCUCCACAAAGGCUGAUGGGCGCUCCUGGUGUUGAUAGAGAUGGAACUUGGACUUGGAGGCCUCUCUGCACUGUCCCACUGCCCCUGGCCUAGGUGGCAGGCUCCACUUGGUCUCUCCGCGCAGCCUGCCCUGUGGCCAACCCUGGCCGCUCUGGCUCUGCUGAGCAGCGUCGCAGAGGCCUCCCUGGGCCCCGCGCCCCGCGGCCCCGCGCCCCGCAGCCCCGUCCCCCGCGAAGGCCCCGCGCCGGUCCUGGCGCCCCCCGCCGGCCACCUGCCGGGGGGACGCACAGCCCGCUGGUGCAGUGGAAGAGCCCGGCGGCCGCCGCCGCAGCCUUCUCGGCCAGCGCCUCCGCCGCCCGCGCAACCAUCUGCUCCUCCCCGCGGGGGCCGCGCGGCGCGGGCUGGGGGCCGGGGCACCCGCGCACCGGCAGCGGGGGCGCGGGGCUGCCGCCUGCGCUCGCAGCUGGUGCCGGUGCACGCGCUCGGCCUGGGCCACCGCUCCGACGAGCUGGUGCGUUUCCGCUUCUGCAGCGGCUCCUGCCGCCGCGCGCGCUCUCCGCACGACCUCAGCCUGGCCAGCCUCCUGGGCGCCGGGGCCCUGCGACCGCCCCCGGGCUCCCGGCCUGUCAGCCAGCCCUGCUGCCGACCCACGCGCUACGAAUCGGUCUCCUUCAUGGACGUCAACAGCACCUGGAGAACCGUGGACCGCCUCUCGGCCACCGCCUGCGGUUGCCUGGGCUGAGGGCUCUCUCCAGGGCUUUGCAGACUGGACCCCUACCGAUGGCUCUUCCUGUCUGGGACCCUCCCGCAGAGCCAGCGGCCUCAGCCAGGGACAGAGGCCUCAGAGCUGAGAGGCCCCUGCCGGUGAAUGAUGGACAGCAUCCCUGGAGAGGUGGAGGGACAACUGGCUAGCAGCCCGAGGACCCUCACCCUGCGGAUCCCAGCCUAAAAGACACCAGAGACCUCAGCUAUGAAGACCUUGGGACCCACUUCUCACAGACUCUAGCACUGGCCAAGCCUCGAACCUGGGACACCUCCUCUGAUGAACCCUACAGUGGCUGCAGCAUCAGCUCCCACCCAGGCCCUGUGGAGACAGCAUUUGAAGGCGACAUUGCAGUCGGUUGGCUGAAAGUGUCUGUGCUGGAGCCGACCUGUAUGCACUAGUGGGAGCUGGCCCCCUAUUUAUUAUUUCUAAGUUAUUUAUUUACUUC